CAUACAUCUGAUCCCCACCCCACUCCCAGAUCCCGCUUUCUCAGUUUACUCCGGGUCUCUCAGCAUGAGGAGGAUCCGGGCUAAUGCCAUCGCCAUCCUGACCGUAGCCUGGAUCCUGGGCACUUUCUAUUACUUGUGGCAGGACAACAAGCCUCAUUCAGCUGCAUCCAGCCGAUCGCCAAGCAGCGGCGGCGGCAGGAAUGGGCAGAGAUCCACGGGCAAAGCCGAGAUCCACAAAGAAGAGAGGACUAUCCCCCUCAUCGCAUCCAGGCCACCACAAGCAGAGAAAAGUGGCUUACGGGGUUUUGAUGAAAAGGCAUAUGUCUCCUCAAAGCUGCUGAAGGCUGGAGAAGAUCCUUAUCGGCAACAUGCUUUCAAUCAGUUAGAGAGUGACAAGCUCAGCAGCGACCGGCCCAUUCGAGACACGAGGCAUUACAGGUGUGCCUCUGUGCACUACGGUGCCGACCUGCCAGCAACCAGCAUCAUUAUCACUUUCCAUAAUGAGGCUCGUUCCACCUUGCUCCGCACAGUGAAAAGUGUACUGAACCGCACUCCUGUCAACCUAAUUCAGGAAAUAAUUUUAGUGGAUGACUUCAGCUCCGAUCCUGAGGAUUGCCAGCUCCUUACCAAGAUACCAAAGGUCAAGUGUCUUCGCAACAGUCGGCGAGAAGGACUGAUCCGUUCUCGUGUGCGAGGUGCUGAUACGGCAACUGCCGAGAUCCUUACUUUUCUGGACAGCCAUUGUGAAGUCAACAGCGAAUGGCUGCAGCCGAUGCUUCAGAGAGUGAAAGAGGAUUAUACUCGAGUGGUGAGUCCUAUCAUCGAUGUGAUAAGCCUGGAAAAUUUUGCCUACUUAGCAGCAUCAGCAGAUUUGAGGGGAGGGUUUGACUGGAGCCUUCACUUCAAGUGGGAGCAAAUCCCCAUUGAGCAAAAAUUGUCCAGAACAGAUCCUACUGAGUCCAUCAGAACACCUGUCAUAGCAGGAGGCAUCUUUGUGAUAGAUAAAUCUUGGUUUAACCAUCUUGGAAAAUAUGACACUCAGAUGGACAUCUGGGGAGGAGAGAACUUUGAGCUUUCUUUCCGCGUCUGGAUGUGUGGAGGCAGCUUGGAGAUCGUUCCCUGCAGCCGAGUAGGCCACGUUUUCAGGAAGCGCCAUCCGUAUGACUUCCCUGAGGGAAAUGCGCUGACCUAUAUCAAAAAUACCAAACGUACAGCAGAAGUAUGGAUGGACGAAUACAAGCAGUAUUACUAUGAGGCCCGGCCAUCUGCCAUUGGAAAGUCAUUUGGAAGUAUUGUGGACCGGGUGGAACAGCGCAGAAAACUGAACUGUAAAUCCUUCCAGUGGUACUUGGAGAAUGUCUACCCUGAGCUCAAGGUUCCAGAAAAGGAGCUGAUUCCCGGCAUCAUCAAACAAGGAGCAAAUUGCUUGGAGUCUCAGGGACAGGAUACAGCAGGGAAUUCUCUAGCAGGGGUUGGAAGCUGUAAAGGGACAGUGAACAAUCCUGUGACCACCCAGGAGUGGAUAUUCAGUGACCCUUUAAUCAGGCAGCAGGACAAGUGUCUUUCAAUCACCUCUUUCACUGCUGGCUCUCAGAUCACAAUUGAGGCAUGCAAUCAGAAAGAUGGCAGACAGAAAUGGAAGAUGAAAGGCAACUUCAUCCAGCACUUCGUCAGUGGCCUUUGCUUAGAAAGCCAGUCCAGCAAACUAGUGACCAACAUCUGCCAGUCAGACAUAUUGGGCCAACAAUGGCAGCUGCUUCAAGCCACAUGAUGGUUGCCGGGCAACUUCUCUGAUGCUUUUGCAUGAGACUCUUGGGAAUGGAAGGGGUUAGGGUGGGGAAUGAAGUUUGAUUAUCUUUAAACCCUAAGUAUUUUGAUUGUGAGCCUCAGCCGAUAACUAUUUCAGUUGAAAUGUCAGUGUUUUUUGGAUCCAUUAACGAAGCACUCCGAGAUAAAUGGAAAGAUCCCUGGAAAUAGCCCAUCUGCUAGCCGUUCCCCCCCUGUGAUUAACUCCAUAAGAAACUCCACAGCAGCUCACGGCUCAGGAAAGGUGCAGCCCAGUAGCCCAGACUUAGGUGUGACUAAGACUGACUGACAGCUCUUCUCCUCCAUUCCUUUCUCUCCAGGGAAACUUGUGCUCUCUGGCCCCAUGGAGUUGUUGCAAUGGAUGUCUGUGACAACGCUUAAUAUGAACUCCUGGUGGAUUUGUUUGGCUUCACUGGCAUUUCGACCUGACAUCACUUCUCAUUUUGCAUGUGUGUUGUACAAAAAUGCUGUAUGAGAAAACUAUCAAGAAUUGUUGUGGCUAAGUUAUUGGGAGAUGCCUAAUUGUGGGGGGUGGGGGAUGAAAGAAGCAGCAGCUAGGGUCUUUAUUGUCGUUUUUUGUUUUGUUUCUGUGUUUGGUUCCUCACUGGCGUGUGUUAAUAUAAUUCAUCGCAGAGAUUCUCUGUACGGCUUCUUGUUUUGCUGUUUCUGAUAGGGUUGGUGGUACAUUGCAGGAAGAAACUUAAAACCCUGACUGGCUAAAUGGUCUGUUGGUAUUUUCAUUUUAUUUUAUUUCAUUUAUUUUAUUUUUAAAAAAAUUGAGUCCUGAGGCACAAAUGCUGUCUGAAAGCACAUAGACAAAAAGUCCCCUUUUCCCCUACAGAGGAUGCGGCAUAAGUGAUGCUUUUUGUUGUUUAGUACUGUCUUUACCUCUUUUCUUCCGCCACUAGGAAAACAAUGUUCAGAAAAUGAAUGCCUAAGCUAUAGUGGAUAGGUUAUUGGAGGUCACUCUUGAGACUGAUAAAUGUGAGGCAGCAGCUGCUAGGGAACCAUCCAUUAAGUCUCAUCCAGAAGCAUUCAAUAACAUUGCACUGACAGCCUGUGUUAAAAGUGUUGGUGCUUUCUGUGCUAAGCGAAAGGGAUUGAAGGGCUCAGAAGAGAACAAAUAUCAUCCCCUUCUGCCUUCACCAACAUGCAUGAGAGAUGCAUUCACAUGCAGAAAGCAACCCAUUACAUUAUUUACCAUAUUCUUGUAAGCGCAGCUUGUGCUCUUGUGCCUGGCCCAUGUUAACAAAUCAAUCAGAACUGGAUUUCCUUCUUAAGACCAAAGGAGUUGCUUCACAGUCUGUUCCCGCGACCAAAGCCAAACUUUUGCAUCCAUGCACGAGGUAAGGCCAACUUUCCUGGGAUGUGUUUAUUUAUUUCUUCCUCCCUGGAGUAUAAAACAUGAACUUGGACCGUUUGCUGAUUUCCUCCUGAUCCCGUCACUCUUCUCAGCAGACUUAGAGCCUAUCACUUUGCCCCUUUGCUACUGGCUGAAAGCUUGUGACUGCCGUGCACCCAGCUAAGAUUGUGCUCCUGUCGAUAUCUGUGUGGGAAUAAGCCCAUUGAACUCAUUGGAUUGCAGCCAGAGUGGUGUUACAUGAAUGUUCUUAGUUCAAGGACUUCUGCUUGAGCAAUGGAAUGUCUUCCCCCUCUUCUCCCCUGGUGUGUCCCCUAAAUCAGUUCUAGUAGUACCCCAGCCCUCUGGAGAACAUUUGGGAAGGACGCAGGGAAUAUGUAGGAGGAGGGGGGCAGCAGUCCCAUUGUGCAAGUGGAAAUCCUUGAGCUGAUGGGACAUGGUGGUUGAAUACCACCCAGUGGGACUUACUCUUGAGUUAACAUGCACAGUAUCAAUUCUCAGAUGAGCUGCAUGGCACUGCGCAACUGACCUGCAUCACUGCAUAGUUUGCAUGAGCUCAGUGUUGACAUGCAACCCAUAUGGCAACUCAACAUGAAUUCUGGUGUGUAUAUGUUCCCAGGAUCUAAACCAGUUUUGAGAGCACACCCUUUUGUGCAAACAUGGUUCCCUUUAGGAGAAUGCUAAUGAGAGGGACCAUGGCCUCUUCCACCUGGUUUGAAUUGUCCUUGUAUAGAAACAGCAGGAGAGAAAGUCAUGGCCUGCAUGACUGUUGCAAGACUCAUGUUAGUGAAUUGUUCCUCAGCACAACAGUACCACUGUUUGCCUGUCAAGUCUGUGUCAUCUCAGAGAACUGAGGUGCUGCCUGCAUGCUGACAUUAGUAUGGGCCCUACAAUGUCCUAAAGAGUCCUUCAUGGGGUCACCUUAUAGCGGAAGGAUGAAUGUCUAUGAGUCUGAAUGAAGCAUCGGCUUUCAUGCUUUCCCCCUCUCUCUUCCCACCUGACUGGGCUUCUGCUAAGUUUAGUUCACUUUUGAAAAAUCUCAAGUUAGCGUCAUAAACCAGGGAUUCUGGUUUAAAGCAAUGGCCAGCUUUGAACCAUGAGCUAGGAAUUGUUUGUUUUAAAGCAGGAUCCCUUGGCUAUAUAUGUAACACCACGCAAAUACAUUAAUAUGAAAACUAAUUUGAUUACCAUUUCAUGCAGUUUCUGUAUAUGGCACCAAGUCCAAAUCUUUCCAACCAUAGCAUCAUACAUUCCACUUGUGCUGGAACUGUUUAAUGAGCACUCAGAGACUUAAAAUAUGAACACUUCAGACGUUAAAUUCUCUGCAUGAUGUUGAUAAUUAAUCAUCCAUGUCUGAAUUGGCCUUAAGGUGGUAGAAUCGUGAGAGAACUGUGCCGUAUCAGUUUCUGUCUAUUAAACCUGCAUGUAGAAAGAGUAUAGGUGCGUGAAGUCCUUAUAUCAGGAGGUAGAGGAG